CGGAACUUCCUGUUCAAGCAUGCAACUCUUCCGUCAUCAGACUGUUUCACUUUCACUCUUGAAUUAUUUGUGGUAAUACGGCGCGCGACGACACGGUGGGAGGAUUUCCUGCUUUCAUUGUCACCAUGUUAGCAGCACCUGUCGUGCUGCUGCUGCUGCUGUUGGUUGCCUUUCCUCCCUCAUCGGGAGCACAGCUGCCAGGUCAUGGUCAGGCCAAGGAUGUCCCCAUAGCCACCAACGGCCAGCCAUUCCCCUGGGACCGCAUGAGACUUCCUAAAACCAUCUCCCCCUUCCACUACGAUUUGACCAUCCACCCCAACCUGACUACCCUCCACUUCACUGGCGUUGUUCGUAUCCAGCUGGACGUGCAUGAAGACACCAGCAUCAUUGUUCUCCAUGCCAAGCAGAUGCAGAUAUCCAACGUGUGGCUCCUUGCUCCUGAGGGUGUGAGGCCUCUCCAGGUGUUGGAGUAUCCCCGUUUCCAUCAGCUCGCCCUGCUGUCGGACUCGGUGCUGACCAAAGGUAGGAGGUAUGAAGUUCAGCUGGGGUUCGCUGCCAACUUAUCUGACAGCUUUCACGGGUUCUACAAGAGCAGCUACCGCACCAGCAGAGGGGAAGUCCGGGUUAUGGCAUCCACGCAGUUUGAAGCCACUUUUGCUCGUGGAGCCUUCCCCUGUUUUGAUGAGCCCGCCUUCAAAGCCAAGUUCACCAUACGGAUUGUACGAGAGCCACGCCACAUAACCAUAUCCAACAUGCCCAAGGUAAAAACAGUGGAGUUGCCAGGCGGUUUGCUUGAGGAUCACUUUGACACCACUGUAAAAAUGAGCACUUACCUGGUGGCCUACAUUGUGUCUGACUUCCUGUCUGUGAGCAAGACCACCCGGCAUGGUGUCCAGAUUUCAGUCUACGCUGUAGCUGAGAAGAUCAACCAGACAGCUUUUGCGCUGGAUGCUGCCGUCAAGCUGUUGGACUUCUAUGAGGACUAUUUUGAUAUUCCUUACCCGCUUCCCAAACAGGACCUGGCUGCUAUCCCUGACUUCCAGUCAGGGGCGAUGGAGAACUGGGGGCUGACCACCUACAGAGAGACGGGCCUCCUCUUCGACCCUGACAAGUCCUCAGCUUCAGACAAACUGGGUAUCACCAAAGUCAUCGCCCACGAGCUCGCCCACCAGUGGUUUGGGAACCUGGUGACGAUGGAGUGGUGGAAUGACCUGUGGCUCAACGAGGGUUUCGCCAAGUUCAUGGAGUUUAUUUCUCUCGACAUCACCUACCCAGAGCUGCAAGUGGACGACUUCUUCUUGGGGAAAUGUUUUGAGGCCAUGGAGGUAGACUCCCUCAGCUCCUCUCACCCCGUCUCCACACCCGUGGAAAACCCCACGCAGAUCCAGGAGAUGUUCGACGACGUUUCAUAUGACAAGGGAGCAUGUAUUCUGAACAUGCUGCGGGAUUUCCUGACUCCUGAAGCCUUUGAGAUUGGCAUCAUCCGAUACCUCAAGCGCUACAGCUACCAAAACACUGUCAACAGCCACCUGUGGGAGAGCCUAACUAAUAUCUGCAGCUCCGAUGAUCUGGACGAAGGCCGAAUGAAACACAAAGAAUUCUGCUCCCAGCGCGACCUCCAGUCUGGAGCCUCUAAAUGGUACUCUGGUGAUGAGCUGGAUGUCAGGGCCAUCAUGGACACCUGGACGCUGCAGGAAGGCUUCCCGUUGGUCACUGUGGAGGUCCGAGGUCGGGAGGUCAGGCUCAGUCAGGAGCGUUACCUGAAGACAGACGACUACUCCCUAACUGAAGGGUUCCUGUGGCAGAUCCCACUGACCUACAUGACCAGCGCCUCCAACACCAUCCACCGCUUCCUGCUUAAGACAAAGACUGAUGUCCUGUACCUGCCGGAGGAGGUGGACUGGGUGAAGUUCAAUGUGGACAUGAGCGGCUACUACAUGGUCCACUACGCAGGCGAGGGGUGGAACUCCAUCACCAAACUGCUGCAACACAAUCACACAGCCCUGAGCAGCAACGACCGCGCCAGCCUCAUCCACAACGUCUUCCAGCUGGUCAGUACAAAGAAGGUGAGGCUGGACACGGCUCUGGAGCUGUCUCUCUACCUGUCCAAAGAGACUGAGAUCAUGGCUGUGACUCAGGGCUUUGGAGAACUCGUACCUCUCUACAAACUGAUGGAGAAGAGAGACAUGGCUGCUCUGGAGAACCAGAUGAAGGACUACAUUGUGGAUCUGUUCCGGGAGCUGAUUGAUCGUCAGGAGUGGACUGACUCUGGAUCAGUGUCUGAGCGAAUGCUGAGGAGUUACCUGCUGCUGUUUGGAUGCGUCAGGAACUAUGCUCCCUGUGUGACCAAAGCCACCCAGCUCUUUAACAGCUGGAGGGACUCUGACGGCACCAUGAGCCUCCCUGUUGACAUCACCAUGGCUGUGUUUGUGAUUGGAGCUCGAACACCCGAGGGGUGGGACUUCCUGUUUGAGAAGUACCGCCGUUCGAUGCAAAUGUCUGUAAAGAGCCGCAUGAAGACUGCAAUGGCCGUCAGCCCACUACAGGACAAGCUACAGUGGAUGAUGGAGCAGAGCCUCCACGGUGAGGUGAUGAAGACUCAGGACCUCCCAGAUGUAAUCGUCUCUGUCAGCAAGAACCCCCGUGGCUACAAACUGGCCUGGGACUUCUUCCGCGCCAACUGGCACACCCUGAUCAAGAAAUUUGACUUGGGCUCAAGCACCAUAUCAUACAUGGUGACUGGGGUGACCAACCAGUAUUCUACCAGGGAGAUGUUAGAUGAGGUGAUAGGCUUCUUCGGCUCUCUGACUGAGGAAUCGGGCUCGGAGAUGAGAUGUAUCCGGCAGACCUACGAGACCAUCGAGGAUAACAUCCGCUGGAUGGACACUAACCUUCCUCUGCUGCAGGCCUGGCUGGACAAACGCAGCCACAGAGCCGUCCAUGAAGAUUUAUAGCUCCAGAGGAAACAAAAAAAAAACUGUUUAGAUUGGACAAUCAUGUUGCUAAAGGCACAAACUUCAAGAGGUGUGGAUGCAAGUCAAAAAAGCUUGAAGCAUCUCCUUUAAUUAAAAUUUAAACAGCGUCCUAACUUACCCUCCCAAAACAUAAAGAUAAAAAACAAAAACCUUUUAGAUGCUUUGUCAUCUCAGUGCAUAUUAUUAAUUACCCCAAACCUGACUGACAUGACUUGGCACUUAUGUGUCACAAUUUACUUGUGACUUGCAAAACAAUAAUUUUCUGCAACCUAAAAACUAAGUUAUGUUCAGUCGAGGUGUUCCUCAGGUUCAAAUAGAUCGAAGUAAUUGUAGAGUUCCUUAAAGAACCCUCAAAUGGUAUUUAAGAUUUACUGUAUGUAAGUAAGAUUUAAGGAGGUAACUCUGUAAGGAGCUCAAUGAAAGCUCUCUGCAGGAGUCGGGACACGUCAACAUUUGUGCUCAGAGCUGUCUGUGUGUGUUUGUAUUUUUGUUGGUCUGUGUGUGUGUGUGUGUGUGUGUGUGUGUGUGUUUUUGUGAAGUAGGGGUGGGUGAGUUUUUUUACUAGAAUUUUCAAGAUGUUUAAAGAUGAAUGCAGUGUUUACUGUGUGAAGUCUCUGUUUUUGUGAAGUUCAUUUUUUAUUUGUGCUGCAUUAUCGCUGCAGAAGGCAACAACAUACUGUACAGUGUUGUACAAAUAGUAAAUGUUGCACAAAAGAAAUGUACUGCACAUUAGAUAUGCUAGAUAUUAGAUACUAAUGCACUUGCUAGAAUAUUUUUGCCCAUUUUAAGGGUUGUGGAACCUUAAUUGUCUGAAGUUAACAACUUCAGAUCACACUGCUGUAAGAUCAGAUCAGAUACAGUUUGCUUGGGUUUCCAAUACUGGGAACAUGAAUUUGAUUUCUGACACCACUUGUCCUUAUUGGUAGCAUUUUUAACUUUAAUUAUUAAAAUUCUCAUAUAGAUGACAAAAUAAAGUUUAUGAUUAGUAAUGUGUUGCUAAAUGUAUUUGGUUUAUUCAUGACAACAGUGUAUGUCUUACUUUUAUGCAACUGUAAAAUCUUCUGUAGGACAGGAUUCACAGCAAUUCUAUUAUUUUGAAAGGACAAUAUGUGGUGAAUUAAAUAAAUAAAUAUUGGACCAAUAAAGUUACUUUGACUUAA